AGUUGUGCUUAAGAUACACUUGUGAAUGUCUGAAUUUACUUUUCUAUCGCUGGCUUUGUAUACGCUUUCCCUGCCGAUCCGAAACUUUAUCUUCGUCGUUGUUUUGUUGUUUAUCUUGCAUUAAACCAAUUCGCAACGUCAAUCUGGCAUGCAGAGCCAGGGAAAUGCGCAGGGUCUUUUGAAUAGCACCUCCGGAAAUCUGCGAAAGAGUCUUCUGAAAGACAGGAAGAAUCAGAAGGUUUCUUUGGAUUCGAUUGCUUUCUUCUGGAUUUAGAGCAGCCCUACGCAGAAGUCCGUUUCCCCUGAGGUCUUGUUUAGUUAGCGCUUACUCUUAAUUGGGAAUUUAUUGCGCCUUUCUGCUCCCAAACUUGCGCUUUUUCCUCUCCUUUGGGGCAGAAAUUGGGGCAAUUUUGGAACAUGUGGUUCCACUUACUUAAAUCAUUCCAGCGCCUAAAUUGUUCUGAAUUGGACUAAAAAGCGUGAGUGACAAAAAGCGACUAAGCAGCUCAAACUUGUGUUCGAUUCACGGAGACGGUCGCAAAACUUGUUUUCAGCUCCAAUCUUGUCUUUUGAGCAGAAAGUUGGCAUGUUUUACCAAACAUUUGCCGCUAAUGAGUACUUACUUUUCUUGGCACCCUGCUUUUGCGCUGUUAAAGCGACACUAGACUGUAUUUAACACUGUACCCGAAAUAGGCAGUCGUCGAAUUGUUUUUAUUUCUCAGUUCCUUUGUUUCUCGCCCAUUAAUUCCGCUUAUUUGCCCUCAACAAUUUGUACUGUCCCCUUAUCUAAAUUGCAACUAACUUGUAUUUUUGCCCUGUUUUCUAAACCUAAAAUUAUUCCCCGGAAAUUUUACCAAAAAUGAGAAGCCAUGCGUCAUAGCUAAGAAAAAUCGAUUUCGAAAAAAAUAUAUAAAAAGUUCAUAUAAAAAGAACAAUUUUGGGUUUCAAACAAAAUCGCUGGAUAAAUUAGAGCAUAUGCCUUUAUGACUUAUAUUCGAAGCUAUAGCAAUCCCCCCCCCCCCCCCUUACUUCGUUGUUGCGGUUAAUCGUUGUGAUAUCUUGUAAUUGCGGGACUCGUUUUGUUAUUUCGCGGCUAAAUUGGAUCGUUUGGUUUCAUUUGGCGAAGUUUUCUGAUUAACUAUUGCGAUUACAGGUAAACUUUACCGUGAGUGCUAGCACAGUGCUGGUUAAGUAGCACGUUUGAGACAUUUUUAAUCGGCUUUAAUCUCCGGAAAGUUGUUACCACUCCAAGCCUCAGAAGUAAUUCAAAUUAGAAGCACCAAACUUCAAAAACCAGUCGCCCGCCACAUAGCAACUCAUUCCAUAUCUAUUACCUGGUUUUACCUAUCUAAAUUUAACCACUACCACCUGAAAAGCAACCUAGUUAUAUUUACUUUUCUAAAUACCCAAAACAGGCCAGAUAAACCCAGUUUUGAAUGGAAAUGAUGAAAAUCUAGCCUUGAUUAAUCAUAAACUCUUUCCAAAAAUAAACAUAAAAUUAUUACAUCUCUUUCAAAACCUAAUUAUUUCGAUCGAAAAUGUCGAAAAAUGAACUCAAUUCUGUAUCCAAAUUACGAUUGUGGUUGUUUUUGUUUCCUUUGUUUACUUGUGGAGAGGGGUUGCUGAUGCAACUGCCGAUGCCGGAGAAUUCUUUGGUGCGUGAAAUAAUAGAGAAGCACGACACCAUAUGUGAACACUUUUGGCACAAAACAGGGCGACACUUAUUCCCACAGGACAAGAAGGAUCGUGUCUUCGUAGACAUCAAAUGCUGUCCUGAUUCUCAGAAUGCACAAACCGUUCAAUGGUUCCACAACAACAAGUCCAUGGACUUACCAACCCAAAUCAGAGGCCCUGAAAAAUCUCAAGCCUCCUUCAAGACACCAUACGUGAGCCAAGUAGAUCCUAACUCCACGGUCGAAAUGGACAGAUUGCUACGCAAUACUUCAAUGCUUGUAAUUCCGAAUUACGUUGAGUCGGAGCACUCGGGAUGUUAUUGGUGCACGUUUCCGGGUCAGAAUAGUUCAAAGCUGGCAGGUUGUCUCGUCAGCCACGGAAACACGAGAACUUCUUUGAAACCGAAGAUGUACGGAUUUUUGAGCGAAAACUGCAAAGACCAGGAAGCAGAAGAAGGAAAGCCGUUAACAAUCGACUGCGGUGAAAUUGAAACCCAUAUUUACCAUCCACACUUUUCAGCUUACUGGUCGGUUCCUUGGAUGAACGACUCCUACAUCAAGAAAGACAAUUUACAACUCUACAUUCAAAAUGUCACAAUGAAGCAUAAUGGAACCUACUACGCGAUUGUUAACAACUCGUACGGUUACGACUUGAAGGAGUUUCACAUUACAGUCUUGAAAGCCAAGGCGACGACUACAGAAGCGAAAGCGACAACUGAUAUUAUUUUGGUCACCCCUGAACAAAACGGAUUCUUUGAAGACGUGACCAGAUCAAUGCUAUUUUACGUCAUCAUAUGUGUUAUAAUUGGAGUAUUACUCUUACUAAUUCUAUAUAAAUGUGCGAUAAAAUUUUUUAACGGGAGGGGUAAAAAGAGAGGGGGACUUGCGAAUGAGCCGUUUGGGAUGUUGAAUCGCGGAAGGACGAGAGGCAGGCACAACCGGCAGUUCCGGCGUAUGCAGAACAGCGAGACAGGAUCCCGGUUGGCUGAGUCGUGGCCUUCCUCUCUCGGAAACAUCCGAAACAACUCCCUGCCUCUCAUAGCCAGUCUGGGAACGACUCUUGGAGAUCCCCACAAUAAACAGUCUCUCACAACCCAGACCUCUCGAGGGGAUCCAAACUCCUCUGCCUACCCGAGUGUCCUUGCAAUCGACCAACAACAGAACCCGCUCUACAACCUCUGGAGCAUGGCAAAUUUUUUGAAUCAGGGUAACCGACCCUCAAUCCAGGUGCCAGUUGACGAGUACUGGGAGUUUCCGAGAGCGAAGCUGGAGAUACUCCAGGAACUGGGCUCAGGUGCUUUCGGAAAAGUGAUGCUUGGAGUUGCCGACAGCCUUUUCGGAGAUGAGAAGCAAACUCAAGUUGCCAUCAAAAUGCUUCGCGAAGACGGAACCGAACGCGAACUAAUGGAUCUGCUCUCGGAAACCCAAGUCAUGAAAAACAUCGGAAGUCACGAGAAUAUUAUCAAUCUUCUGGGAGUUUGUUCACGUGACGGGCCUUUAUGGGUUGUUGUAGAGUACGCCAAGCAUGGGAAUCUUCGGGAGUUCUUACGAGAACGAAGACCUGGAAGUCAAUUCCACGAGCAGCGAAUUGCCGAGGGAAAAGCUACCGAAGACACUUGCAAAGACUCAGGUGUGCUAAGUAUUUCGACGAGCUCCGAAAAAUUAAGAUCGUUAAGAUACCGAGACCUGAUUUCAUAUGCAUACCAAAUUGCAAAAGGCAUGGAAUACUUGGAGCAAAAGAGAUGUGUUCAUCGAGAUUUGGCUGCGAGGAAUAUUCUAGUAGCGUCUGAUUACGUCAUGAAAAUAGCCGACUUCGGACUGGCGAGAGAUGUCCAAUACAUUGAGUACUACCGAAAAACUACAGAUGGAAGACUACCUGUUAAAUGGAUGGCAAUUGAGGCCUUGUUCGACCGGGUCUACACAUCUCAAAGUGAUGUCUGGUCUUUCGGCGUCACCAUGUGGGAAAUUCUGACCCUAGGAGGCAAUCCGUAUCCAAGUGUCCCUGUUGAAAACUUAUUUGACCUUCUCAAAACCGGAUACAGGAUGGGAAAACCUAAAAACGCACCUGAUGAAUUGUACCAUAUAAUGAAGGAAUGCUGGCACGCAACUCCCAGCAAACGUUUGACCUUUACCGCUAUUGCGCAGAAGCUCGGCGCAUUAUUGCAGUUGACAGUAUUUGACAAAACUCUGGAAGUCCAGGGUCCGGUAUCACCCGAUGACUCAGAAAAUGCGGCGUUUACUCCGAAUGGAAAUUUGAAUCAAGCUUGGUGGCAACAUCUCUACUCACCUUCAAGUAACGGAACGAUGACUAAUGCUAUCUACGGGGGAUUCAACCCUUCGAUCCCCGUCGGGAGCUCUGGGCCGUUCACAUGCAAUGAUGUUUACCCUUUAUCGCAGUACCACAAUGAGACCACAAGUUUGCCCUUGCAAAGAAACGCAAACAGGCAACGACAGUUUUUAUACCCCUAUCCCCAAAUGACAAAUAACAGUUCAGGCGAAGAUUCAUCCUGUCCAACCGAAUUGACAGGAAUUUCAGGAGCCGCGAGUCACUACGCUCGGCAUCCGGGCCAACUGAUGCAGCACCGAUUUCACCCCAAUGUCGGAUUGCAUAACCAGCCGACUUACGCAGUACCAAAUAGGGAUGUAAAUGGUCAAAUUGCGUCACCAAUUUCACCGGAAAUAUUUUACUCGAAUCUGAAUGCGAACGGGAACCGAAGUAAUCGAAAAAUUGUUCAAAGACAAAGUUUUCAUUUUGGGCAACCUCAAAAUGCGAACAUACUUCAAGGAGGAUCCGGUUACUACACAACAUACGGCGCUGGAAAAGUGUCAUUAAGUCCAAGUUUUCAAGGCGAUGUCAGGUUCAUAGCAGGAAAUGAGCUUAAUGAAAAUGGCGACCAGGGAACCAAUGUAAUGAUGAGCUCUCUAGGAGUUGCAGGUUCUCAGAUGUCGAGUGCAAACAGACAUUCGGUAACUUUCGGGAACCAGUUACAAUCACAAUUCUCACAAUACAAUUUUAACCCCAUAAAUGCCCAUGUCAAUUGUACGCAAGGAAACAUUAUGCCGAAUGAUCAAAGUCAGAACCACCAGAAGUUGUCGAAACGUCACUCUAUGGAAUCGACCAUCUGAAGAUUUUUGUCGUUUUACAAAAAACUAUUAGACUGUAGUUCUGAUUUUGCUACUUCAUUUGAAAAUAACCUUUGUCGCAUAGCAAUUGUGUCUGAUAUCAAAUAUUUUUUGCUGAAGUUUUAUGCUUUUCUAAGUUAAAAAGUAGCCCAAAUAGUUACAAUCAUUUGCAUUAAUUUGUAAAUUAAAUUGAUAUUAGCCGUUCCCUGCUUUUGCUACAA